AUAAUAAUAAUAAUCAGAUACUGACUGGCCUUUUAAUAAAAAGAUGAUGUUACCCAAAAAAAAAUUGGAAAUGUAUUGGCGGAAACUUGUCGAUACUUUAAUGGCACCUGUAUCACCGAAGAAUUUACGUUUAUCGGCUCUUCUCAUUUCCAUAUAUCAAUUAGUCGUUGCUCAUAUAUUACUUUUCAUGGUGCUAUUAGGUUUGGCUCAUGCCGAACAAAUGCGGAACAUAUUAAUUGCAGAUAUUGAAGAUCAAAAAGAGAAUGGUUUUUAUAGUUUGGCGCCAUUUCAGAAUCAACUUCGUCUACGUAAUGCAUCCGAUUUAGUCUCUGUUACUGAAAUUCUUAUGUACAUUCUAACGAGCGUAGCAUCAGUUUAUUUACUUAGUACGAUUGCACUAUUUUUCGGCAUUUACAAGAAUCGCUCCGAACUUGUACUACCAUGGUUGAUUGUUGAAUUAAUUUUUAUUGUAACAGCUGUUGUUCUCAUUAUAUGGCUACGGAGUGAGAAGUUUGUUCAAAUAAUUGGCGGUAAAAUAUGUUAUUUUACAAUUUGCGCUUCGCUCUUACUAUUCGAUUCAAUGAUGUGGUACGUUGUUCAUUGCUUUUAUCAAAGUUUACGUACAAUGAAUAAGCUGCGAGAAAUCGCUACUGUGGCUAUACCAUGUCCACCACCUGGAUCUAUACCAUUCCAUUUUCGACGCGAGAAUAUGUACUUGGGCAGCAAUGGCUAUAAACAUAUUUUAACCGAAUCACCCGAUGGUAGUUAUUAAUAUCUUCUAAUAUAAGCUGCUGUCCCAAUAAUUUUUAAUGUACAUCCGCACUGGUUAUGUGUACGUGUAUGUAUAUCAUAAUGAUCCCAAAACUCAAAUAUAGUAAAAAUUAAAAUC